AUGUCAUCAGCAAAGCUGAAAGCUGAGUGUUUCGACUGCAGAGUCCAAAUCGCUGAGUCGAAUGGUCGGCCGACAAAGAUCAGGGAUAUCAGGGUGCCUGACAAUAAUAUUCGAACUCAGCGACAAAAAUUGCUCCUAAAUCCAAAACGCAUCCGAAUCAUGUCUGAUACGUCCCAGACAAAACAAUCGAAGGCUUUCAGAAGGUCGACCAAGGUUGUGUCUGUUGGGAGAUACGUUCUGCAAGAAAAUGGAUCAAUGCUCGAAACUAUGAAUGAAUAUGGCAAAUAUCGCGGCACUGAACGAAUCCAUACUGAUGUGUGCUUUACUUAA